GCAAUUUAUUGAAAUUCCGGCGAGCCAGUAGUUUUAUCUGAUUCCGUUUCAAGGUACGGUGCUUUUCACAGAUUGAUCAGAGCUUAAUAAGAAAGAUGACAUUGACGAUUCCAAACGCACCUGGGAGCUCCGGGUACUUGGAUAUGUUCCCAGAGAGAAGGAUGUCGUAUUUUGGGAAUUCUUACAUUCUGGGUUUGACUGUCACUGCCGGAAUCGGUGGCCUUCUUUUCGGUUAUGAUACAGGUGUAAUUUCCGGUGCCCUUUUGUACAUUAAGGAUGAUUUCGAAGUUGUUAAGCAGAGCAGUUUCUUACAGGAAACUAUUGUAAGUAUGGCUUUAGUUGGUGCAAUGAUUGGUGCUGCAGCUGGAGGUUGGAUCAAUGACUACUAUGGUCGUAAAAAGGCGACUCUGUUUGCAGAUGUUGUCUUUGCAGCUGGAGCAAUCGUUAUGGCUGCUGCUCCUGAUCCGUAUGUUUUGAUAUCGGGUCGUCUCUUGGUCGGUUUAGGAGUUGGUGUUGCUUCUGUGACUGCGCCGGUUUAUAUAGCUGAAGCAUCCCCAUCGGAAGUGAGAGGUGGACUUGUGAGCACCAAUGUAUUGAUGAUCACCGGUGGACAGUUUCUUUCAUACCUCGUUAAUUCUGCUUUCACACAGGUUCCAGGAACGUGGAGAUGGAUGCUUGGUGUUUCAGGCGUUCCUGCUGUUAUCCAAUUCGUCCUAAUGCUUUUCAUGCCAGAAUCCCCUCGAUGGCUUUUCAUGAAGAAUCGUAAAGCGGAAGCCAUCCAAGUGCUCGCCAGAACCUAUGACAUCUCGCGGUUGGACGACGAGAUCGACCAUCUUUCAGCGGCUGAAGAGGAAGAAAAACAAAGGAAACGCACUGUUGGCUACUUGGAUGUUUUCAGAUCCAAAGAAUUGAGACUUGCAUUUCUGGCCGGAGCAGGACUUCAGGCGUUUCAGCAGUUCACUGGUAUCAAUACCGUUAUGUACUACAGCCCUACGAUAGUCCAAAUGGCUGGAUUUCACUCAAACCAGCUUGCUCUAUUCCUCUCUCUCAUCGUUGCUGCCAUGAACGCUGCUGGUACAGUUGUCGGGAUUUACUUCAUCGAUCAUUGUGGAAGGAAAAAGCUUGCUCUCUCAAGUUUAUUUGGCGUCAUUAUAUCACUCCUAAUCCUCUCAGUCUCGUUUUUCAAACAAUCUGAUGCUUCAUCUGAUGGAGGGCUCUAUGGUUGGCUCGCUGUGCUUGGCUUGGCUCUAUACAUUGCUUUCUUUGCACCGGGAAUGGGACCGGUCCCAUGGACGGUGAACUCAGAGAUAUACCCUCAACAGUACCGAGGCAUAUGCGGAGGCAUGUCUGCUACAGUUAACUGGAUCAGCAAUUUGAUUGUGGCACAAACAUUCUUGACAAUCGCAGAAGCUGCUGGAACAGGAAUGACUUUCUUGAUUUUGGCGGGAAUAGCGGUUCUUGCGGUAAUCUUUGUGAUUGUGUUUGUCCCUGAGACUCAAGGGCUAACGUUUUCGGAAGUUGAACAGAUUUGGAAAGAAAGAGCGUAUGGAAAUAUAAGCGGCUGGGGCAGUAGCAGUGAUAGCAACAACAUGGAGGGGUUACUCGAGCAGGGAUCUCAAUCUUAAGAUGGGUCAUGAGUCAUGACUAUACAUUAUGAAAUCACAUAGUAGUAAACCGGGAUUGGUUCCGGUUUAGCAAUGUGAUAUGUAUGUAAUGUUGGAAUUGUAAUGUGUUAGGAACUGUGAUUGUAAAUAAACACAUUACAAAUUU